AUGCUCGAUGUUUUGGACGACCUGAACAUUUGGGGUCCAGCUGCCAUCAUGCAAGCCUUCAGCAUCGCUGACAGUUUUCGGGGCGACUUCGGGUCCAUGUCUCAAGCUGCGGAAGUUCCCUGCAUCCCGCUGGAGCUUUUGCCAGAGGAGGUCUCCGAGAGCUUGUGCAACACCCUGGAUGCAGCCUUUGGCCCAGACGGCCUUGGGAUUCUCUGCGUUACCGGUGAUGAGGACUUCCAGGCUGAAGUUCGCCGCCUUCGCGACGAGCUUCUUCCGCUGGCUGCCCGCCUAGGGAAGCUCUCCGAGGAAGCCAAGGAUUCAAUCCGCGAGCGUGGGACGCUGAAUGUCAGCAAUUACUCGCGAGGAAUUGAUGGGAACCGCACGGGCUUCUACUUCCACCCUGCGUUGGACAAUCCGGCAGAUUGCCUACCGUCUGAUGUGCCUGCUGAGCCGACGUUCUACACUCCUAACCUUUGGCCCGACACGGAGCUGCCUGAGCUACGGCAACAAGCGCGUUGCCAUGCGCCGUGGUUAGUGACAGUGGCUCGACGGCUGGCGGCGGCAGUGGACGAGCGCUGUGCGCAGGCAGUCGCAGGCUAUCGAGUGGGUACAUUGUCGCGACUAAUUGGUCCCGCGGAGAAUUGCAACCACAAAUGUCGUCUCAUAUGUUACCAUGACUUCGCAAGUCCGAAGCAGCUUGCUGCUUCGAAAGGUAUGUGGGCUCCUCCACACAAGGACACAGGUCUCCUCACUGCCCUUGUGCCUGGCAUCUUCUUGGACCAGUCUGGGAAGAGGCUGCAGUGCCCGGAUCCACAGGUUGGCCUGUAUGUGCGGGACAGGAAGGGACGAAUCAUGCAGAUCCAGAUGCCUGCUGGAGUUGGCGAGUGCCUCUUCUUUCAGGUGGGCGAGGCACUGCAAGUGGUUUCGGGCGGCCAUUACCAUGCAACGGAGCAUUGCGUUCGCGGGCCGCCGGAGGCCGCCAGAGGUUAUGAGCGUGCGUCCUUGGCCAUGUUUUUGCAACCCCAUGCACAUGAGGAGUUGCCAAUCCCGGAAGGCAGCUCUCUGCAACAGGUUGCAGAUCGCGCUUACGACGGGUUGUUCAGGAUGUUCUUGCUCUACCAGCCCCGAGAUGCCAAAGGAAUCAAUUUCCUUCGUUUCUGCCAGCGCGAAGGCCCUUCGCUUUCCAACGCUGUGGCCGAGUCCGUGGCGCUCCUCUCCACGGUGAUCUAUGGCGAGAGCAUGCAGAAACAGUACUUCUCCCAUUUGUUGGCGCACGUUCAAAACCGCACCUCCCAGCUGCCCAACAGGAUGUUCUACAUUACUGGCCAUUCCUUGGGUGGUGGCUUGGCAAAGCUGGUGGCAGCCAAAGCCCACAUGCAGGCCCUGACCUUCAUGGCCCCAGGGCUUGGCACAACCAGCUACGUAGUGUACAGGGAGCACAUGCUACAGGAGCUCCGACGUAGCUCGCUCACAGUUAUGCCCGAGAAUGACUUGGUGUCAAGGGUGGACACACAGACCGGCAUUACCAUCAAGACCGACUGUGAUGGAAACUCUUUGCACUGUCACUUGCUUUAUCCCACAAUCUGCACCCUCCUGCAAAUGUGCGGGUCUGGCAGAGCAGGGGAGGCUGCUUUGGCUCUUCCCUGCGGUGCGUCAGCUGCCCAGAGUGUUGCCGUUCAAUGCUCCAAGGUGUGCCGAAGUAUGCUCCUGGCUAUAAAUGCUUGA